ACCGUUUGGACAGCAAUUGCAAUUUAGGUUUAAACCUCAAAGUUCGUCCGUCCUCCUCCGCCCGCACCCCCCUGCUAAAACCCUAGUUCUGUUACUAGGGUUCUCUCUCUCUCUCUCUCUCUCUCCCUCUCUCUGUAAGACUAGACAGCCAAAGACGAUGAUGAAUGUUAUGCUGAGGAAGGCACCGUCGAUAGCGUCGAAGCGGACGUUGGCAGCCUUAUCUUCCAUUGAAGCACUUUAUCAUCAUCAGCCUCAUCAUCGUUAUCUGUUGUCGACGGACAUUGCCUUUCUACGAAAUGACGGUUUCGGUGGUCAAACGGGGUUCACGGCACCCAGGAGGGUGGGGUUUGGCAGCAUCGGAGGAGUGAGGGAUUUCCACUGGAAAUCUGGACCGUUGAAUUUCAGGGCGUCGUCCCUGUUGCAGGCAGAGUUCGCCGUGGCUGAUUAUUCCGACGAGGAGAAGUCGUCGAAAGCAAGUGAUCAGGGUCUUGAAAUUUCCCAGCUUGGGAUUUCUCAGGAUAUCGUUUCUGCCUUGGCGAAGAAGGGUAUUACCAAGCUCUUCCCCAUUCAGAAAGCUGUGCUGGAACCUGCAAUGCAGGGGCGGGACAUGAUUGGCCGUGCUAGGACAGGGACAGGGAAGACUCUUGCUUUUGGAAUUCCCAUCAUGGAUAAAAUUAUUCAGUACAAUGCUAAGCACGGGCUUGGAAGGUAUCCUUUGGCCUUGAUUAUGGCCCCAACAAGGGAACUCGCUCGGCAAGUUGAGAAGGAAUUUUAUGAGUCUGCCCCCAAUUUGAGUACAAUUUGUAUUUAUGGUGGCACACCCAUCUCUCGCCAAAUGAGUCAGUUGGACUAUGGUGUUGAUGUGGUUGUUGGAACGCCUGGUCGCAUUAUUGACCUUGUUAAGAGGGGUGCUUUAAAUUUAUCAGAAGUUCAAUUUGUUGUUCUUGAUGAAGCUGAUCAGAUGCUUAAUGUGGGCUUUCAAGAGGAUGUUGAAGUAAUUCUAGACAAGUUACCGCAGAAUCGUCAGAGCAUGAUGUUCUCUGCAACAAUGCCAAAUUGGAUAAAAAAUCUUAGCAUGAGAUACUUAAAAAAUCCUUUGAUGAUUGACCUUGUGGGAGAUUCUGAUCAAAAGUUGGCUGAAGGAAUUUCCCUGUAUUCAAUUGCAUCAAACAUGCAUGGGAAGGCAUCAAUUAUUGUGCCUCUGAUAAAUGAGCAUGCAAAGGGAGGGAAGUGCAUUGUUUUCACUCAAACAAAGCGUGAUGCUGAUCGAUUGGCAUAUACGAUGGGAAGAAACUGUAAAUGUGAACCUCUGCAUGGGGAUAUCUCACAAAAUCAGAGGGAAAGAACACUUUCUGGUUUCCGGGAUGGGCGCUUUAAUAUUUUAGUGGCUACUGAUGUUGCUGCCCGUGGCCUUGAUGUACCGAAUGUUGACUUGGUGAUACAUUAUGAACUUCCAAACUCUUCAGAACUUUUUGUUCAUCGGUCUGGCCGAACAGGACGUGCUGGGAAGAGGGGAAGUGCAGUUCUUAUUUACACAGAUGAUCAAGCUAGGGCAGUGAGGAACAUAGAACGAGAAGUGGGAUGCAAAUUCAAGGAGCUCCCUAGGAUUUCUGUUGAAGGAGGAGCCAGAGAUAUGUUUGAUGAAAUGGGGCCUGGGGCUGGGGUUGGUGGCCGCCGAUUUGACUCAUAUGGAAACAGGGGAAAUGGUCGUUUUGGUGAUUCAGGCUUUGGUCGUCCUGGUGGCUAUAGUGGUUCUGGAUUUGGUCGUUCUGGUGGAUAUGGAAGUACAUCACCUGGUCGAAUGGGUGGAUAUGGUGAGCCUGGCUCUGGUAAGAUGGGUGGAUAUGGUGGAUCUGGCUCAGGAAGAUCAGGUGGUGGGUUUGGUUCUAGUUCAAGCCGCCCAAAUAGCUUUGGCAGUUCUGGUUUUGGGCGUUCCAGUGGCUUUGGGGACUUAGGUAUCUCAAACCGUUCAAGUGGUAGUGGAUUUGGUGAUACUCGUGCAAGCCAAACCAGUGGUGGUUUCAGUGGUGCUGGUUCAAGUCGUUUUGGCAAUUACAAAAAUGACAGAUUUAAUAGUGAUUGAAAGGCUUGGACAAAAUAAGUAUGAUUUCAUGUGGAACAAGGAGAAGACUGCUUCAAGAAAAUGAACGCUGCAGUGAUCUGGCAUAUCAGGUUUGCUGAAGGGCUACAUUGUAUACUGGAGAUUUCAAUUUUCUUAGUGCUAAUGUGCUCUAGUUUGGCACUUUGACAUUUUUGCGGGUGGUUAUGAAGUAUUAUAUUUAUGGUUAGAAAAGAUAUGUUAUGUACUUAGAUAUCAAGAAGGGCUCUUAACAUGUAAAUCUAUUUUAGGUAGGUUCUCACCCACUCUUGGUUAUAUCAUGCUUUCGCUGCUGAUCUCAUAUGAAAGGUUCAGAAUGCAAAGAUUUCCUAGUUUGAAUAUGUUUUCAGCAGCAGUGCUUAGCAUGUCAGCGUCAAGUGGUGAUUGGUAUCAUUGGUCAUUCAGUCUUACUGCGUAUAUAAGCAUGCUUUGUAGGAGAGCAGGUAAUUUGCUGGCCUUAUUUGCUUAUCCCAUUAUAAGAAUCUUUAGAUUUACGAGAUGGAUGUACUGAUGGGAUCAUGUUUUAUGAGGGUUCAUAUUACAUGACCUGGUUUUUUUGUUUUGAAAUAAAACAAUAUGCUAUGCUUCAUCU